AGCCUCUGAGACGCCCAGUCCUCCGAGGGUUAAAAACACUGAGCUGCGGCUCCUAGAGGGGCAGGAAGUUCGCCACGUUGGGGGGAGGGGAGGUCAGAGUGAGCCGCUUGCUUUGGUCCUCCAGGAAGGGGAAGGAGGCCUGGCGACGUCCCUCGGCCGGGAGGCAGAUGCUACACAGGGCAGGACCAAAGAGUAACUGGUGCCGUUGGAGGCGGCGGGUGAUCACAUCCCCAAAGAGGAGUGAGAUCUCCUGGAUCCAGGCCAAAGAACUCUCUACAAGGAAGUCGUGAUGGAGGAUUUGGGGAAGGAGGUCUCUGCAGCAGGUGAUUGGCAGGCGAGCAAAAGUGAGAAGGAACCCUCUAUCGAAGCAAUGAAGCAAGAAGCAGGACGGGAGACAUUUAGGGACCCAAAGGCAUCAAAAAGGCAGAAGGCGAAGCAGUCAAAGAACGAGGAAAUCAAAUCCUCCCUUUCCAAGGCGACUGAAGGCCGUGAACUCCUGAUCCCCAAACAAGAUCCCAAAGUCAAGCGAGGGAUCCAGUGUCCCGUGUGCGCGAAGAUCUUCAAAUGCAGGUCGGACUACAAUCGGCACCGCGUCACCCACACAGGGGAGAAACCGUAUCAGUGCAUGGAGUGCGGAAAGAGCUACAGCGACAGCGGGACUCUUACCGCACAUCAGAGAAUCCACACGGGGGAGAAACCCUACGAGUGUGUGGAGUGCGGGAAGCGCUUCAACAGGAGCGGGACCCUUAAGAGACAUCAGAGAAGCCACGCAGGGGAGAAACCCUACAAAUGCCUCGAGUGCGGGAAAAGCUUCGGCCGCAACUCCAUCCUCACGGCGCACGAAAGAACCCACACCGGGGAGAAGCCCUACAAAUGCCUCGAGUGCGGGAAAAGCUUCAGUCGCAGCAUAAGUCUCAACAGGCAUAAAAAGAAACACGCUCAGGCAGAAACGGCAGAAUGCGUGGAGUGCGAACAGGGGCUGAGCCCGAAAUGCGUGGAGUGUGGAAAGGGCCUGAGUCCGAGUCAGCUCCUUACUGCUCAUCAGAUAAUCUACACAGGGGAGCAUGGGAGCAACCAUGUUAAGUUAUGGAGGGUGGAACGAGCUUGAGACGAGAGUCGGUGCCAGGGAACCCACACGGGGAAGAAACCACAUAAAUGUUGGGGGGAGGGGGAAGCUGAAUAUUGCAGCGGACGACUUAGCAGGACGAGGGAGAUGCCCUAAACGUGAACAGACUGUGGAAAGGGAUUCGGGAAGAAUCUUGCUUCACAUCAGAGAGCUCUCGCAGGGGGGAAACCCUCUUUUGCUGGAAUGUUGUGUUGUGUUACAGUGGUGUACAGAACCUUUCAAGAUUUUUUCUUUUCUGAAAUCUUUAUAACGGGGGGACUCACCCUGCUUUGGGGUGGGGGUGGGGAGGCACUAAAUAUGCCACUCUUCCUUCCCCUCAGUGAGAAGGGCUUCUUAAUUCUCUUGGUGCCUCACAACUCUAGUGAGUGGGUGAAUCGGAUCAGCCCCCACCCCAAAAAGUGUUCCCUUCCCUAUCCUGCCCACGGUCUCACUUCCCUGGGCUGCGAGUCUUUGGAAUUGUCAUUCCCAUGGAAAUGUGCCUUGGGCUGCUUAUUGAUCAUAGAAUUAACAGUGGUACCUCUGGUUAAGAACUAAAUUCAUUCCAGAGGUCUGUUCUUAACCUGAAACUGUUCUUAACCUGAGAUACCACUUUAGCUAAUGGGGCCUCCUGCUCCCGCCGCACCGCUGGAGUACGAUUUCUGUUCUCAUCCUGAAGCAAAGUUCUUAACCUGAGGUACUAUUUCUGGGUUAGCGGAGUCUGUAACCUGAAGCACCUGUAACCCGAGGUACCACUGUAUAGGGCUGAAAGGGACCCAUGGGUCAUCUAGUCCAACCCCCUGCAAUGCAAGGAUAUUGUGCUUGCCUGUUCCCUUUCCCGCCCAUCUUUGCCAAGCGACCAAACCCAUUAACCUGUUUCAACUCUGCUGUUUCUGCUGACCGCCACAUUGCUAGACAGGCGAGAACAGAAAUCCCAUUCUUCCAGGCCAGGGGUCAGCAAACUUAUUCAGCAGGGGGGCCGGUCCACUGUCCCUCAGACCUUGUCGGGGGCCGGACUAUAUUUUGAAGGGGGGGAAUGAACAAAUUCCUAUGCCCCACAAAUAACCCAGAGAUGCAUUUAAAAUAAAAUGAUACAUUCUACUCAUGUAAAAACACCAGGCAGGCCUCACAAAUAACCCAGAGGUGUAUUUGAAAUAAUACAUUCUACUCAUAUAAAAACAUGCUGAUUCCCGGACCGUCCCCAGGCUGGAUUUAGAAGGCGAUUGGGCCAGAUCCAGCCUCCGGGCCUUAGUUUGCCUACCCAUGUUUCACGCCCUCUUUUUUUCCAGCAAAGAGAACUGAAAACGACUUACAAAGAAAGUGUAAAAGCAAGAAUACAAGCUAAAAAACAUACGAGCCGAUCCAACUCAACCCCGUCCCGUUAAAAACUAAGCUUAUGUUUUAAUUGUCGCAAUCCGCCCUGGGGUCUUUGGGUGAAGGGUGGGUGAACAAUAAUAAUCCCAAGGUCAUUUUCUUAACAUUUCUAAAACAGGCAGGUAGCAAAGGAUAAGGUGGCACUUUUCUCUCUUUUUUAAUAAGAUGAUGGCAGCUAGAUCUGAAUAUGCAACGCAAACCUGAUACCCAGACUUGGAAGCAGGGAUAUGACAGACAUCUUGAACUUGGCACCCUCCAGUUGUACUAAAAUUCCCACCAGCACCAGACUACAUGGGAAUUCUAGUCCAAAACAACUUUGGAAUGACCAGAUGAUUUGAAAUGUUUGCUAAUAUCCCGUAAGCCCCUGUAACCUCCCUGGUUUUGUAUUAACUAUUUUGUAUGGCUAUUGUAUGGAUGUCUGUAUAUAUUUUUGGUAGCAGCUAAGGGAAAUAGUUUCCCGGUGAAGGAUCCUGAGAAGGACGACUGGCAUCAAUUUAAUAUCAGGAGGACUAAAGUCAAUACGAUUAAAAAGGAUCAAUGUGGGAAUUUUAUACGGGGAAUAUGUAAGGGGUUAUAUCUUCUGUUUUCUUUCCGUACCUCCUAUUCCUUUCCAUUUCCUUUGCAGAAAUUUGGUGGUAGAAUCAUAGAAUCAUAGAGUUGGAAGAGACCACAAGGGCCAUCCAGUCCAACCCCCUGCCGAGCAGGAAACAUCAUCAAAGCAUUCUUGACAUAUGCCUGUCAAGCCUCUGCUUAAAGACCUCCAAAGAAGAAGACUCCACCACACUCCUUGGUAGCAAAUUCCACUGCCGAGCAGCUCUUACUGUCAGGAAGUUCUUCCUAAUGUUUAGGUGGAAUCUUCUUUCUUGUAGUUUGAAUCCAUUGCUUCAUGUCCGCUUCUCUGGAGCAGCAGAAAACAACCUUUCUCCCUCCUCUAUGGUGGUGAUGUAACAGUUCUCUUGUCUUGCUGUUUUACAUAAUAUGGGUGAUAUUCAGCUCAAUAUUUCCAUCAGGUGUCCCCAAAUCUGCU